AUGGCAUACCCAGGAAAGCCAAAGUACACACUCCUCAGCAGCAUGUACGGAAAGGACGACAAAGAAGAAGAUGUUCCAUUUCUAUCACCAGGCGCAACUCGACUGCAACGAAGAUUCAGAGCGCCUCGAGCCGAAGUGAUACUCCAAACCGGCACCUUCCUUCUCACUGCCAUCAUUUUGGCUCUCUAUCUCACCAAUAUUUCAUCAUCCUCGCUAUUCCACGACCACCCCGUCGGCGGCGAUGGCACCCUGCCUGUAGGCAUGUCGCGCGUCAAUCCAACAACCGCCCACCAGCUACAACCAUGUGGUCUCGACGCCGCCACCGCCAAGAAGAACGGCUGCAUCUUCGAUCUGCUGACCAUGUCUUGGCUAGCGCCUGAAUGCUAUGAUGAGGAACUUUCCGAAGAAUUCCUCGAGGUAGCUUCCGAGCCAUUUUUCUAUGACAUGGAAGGCACGAAACCCAUCAAAGAUUACAAUGAGCUGUCAGAGGUGACGCAGAUGGUUUAUACGACAAGGAGAUAUCAUAUCUUCCACUGCAGCUAUGGAUGGAGGAUGAUGCAUCGUGCUUUGGUGAGGGGAGGGGUUCUGGAGAGCGGCUUGAGUGGAUAUCAUCAUACGGAGCAUUGCACGGAUCAAUUGAUGAAUCAGACGAUUCCGUACGAUAAAGUCAUCACAAAAAUCAACAUUGACUUCCCGGAUUGUUGA